GCGCUCGAUACGGACGCCGACGACGCCGCGUCUGUGAUGGUGUAAUGGCUGGCUGGACGGCGCGGGGCGCGUUAGCGCGCGGACUGUUCUGAGGGCGCGUGUUGCCACUGCUUUGACGGCGUCUUCAACGACUUCUUCGACGACGGCUACCACACAAUGAUUGCUCGUGGCGAAGAUCGAGACAUGCCCGGGACCGAGAAGGUGUGGCGCGCCGAGGGCCUUGCGGCGCCGCACGACGGGCUGGCGAAUGGCGACGCACAUCUCCUCGCUGUAAACCACGUCCCCGUCACGCGUGCUGAGCUGCCCUGGAUCCCGCCCAAGGACUCGCCGCUCAAGGACCCAGGCAUCGCCCGCGCCAACAUCGCCGCCACCCACGCCCACCCGCACGGCACAACCGCCCACACCUGGUCGAAGCGGUACGCGCACCAAACCGUGCUGCAGCAACACUGCGCCUUCUUCGACCGGGACGCGGACGGCAUCCUCUGGCCGUCAGACACGUACACGGGCUUCCGCGCGCUCGGCUUCAGCGUGCUCGUCUCGGCCAUCGCACUCUUCAUCAUACACCUGAACUUCGCGUUCCCGACAUCCGACUCCUGGGUUCCGGAUCCGUGCUUCCGCAUCAACCUCGCGAAUGUGCACCGCACCAAGCACGGGUCCGACUCGGAUGUGUUUGACCAGCAGGGCCGGUUCCGGCCGCAGGCGUUCGAGGACGUGUUUGCAAAGUACGGCGACGCGGGGGGCGGGGGCGAGGGCAAGGGCGAGGAAGGGCUGUCGCUCAGGGCGCUGGCGCGCAUGAUCUGGGCGCAGCGCAAUGUCGGCGAUGUUAUUGGCUGGGGCGGCGCGGUGUUCGAGUGGGGCGUGACGUGGCUGAUGAUUUGGCCCGAGGACGGGGUGUUGAGGAAGGAGGAGGUGCGGCGCGUGUUUGAUGGGAGUUUGUUCCAUGAGUGGGCAAGAGAGGUGGAGCGGAAGAAGAGGACGGGGGGGAAGGGGGGGAUGCGGCGGUGGUAGGGGGUUGCUUUUGCGGGGGCGUGUUUAUGGUCUUUGGGAACGAGAGUUGUAAUGUAGAAUAUGAAAGACUAUUCAUCUGCAGAAGAUUCUUGAGAGCGACUUGGAGGCGGGUUGUCUUCUGCUGACAGCGUGCAGGGAGGUGCGGUUGCUUGUCUGCUGCUAUGAGCGCUCAAGUCUGUUGCAGACAGUGGACGAUCAGAGCUGGUAUGUGUUGUUGGUGCUUCUACGUGCUGACAUGGAGAUGCGGCGAUUCUUCCACUCCAUCGUCCCAGCUUCAAGGAACGUAUACAUAUCCUUGAGUACUCUCGGGUCAGGACGACGAGAAACAGCUAUUCAGGUAGCAAACCGUAGCGCGCGGGUGUGGGGUACCUGAGACUCCGUAUAUCAUGCUGCUGAACCCUGCUUUGUGGCCAUCGGCGUGUUAAACGUGAAAGGC